AUGUCAUUCACCAUCACCGCUUCCAGGCCCAUCCGGGUCGGCCUCCUCAACAGCCAGAUCAGCGUCCUCAAAGCUGAUCUCUUUCACUCCCAAGCAUUCCUUGAACGUUACGUCAGGCUGCAUGCCCUAGUGCAGGUCCAGAGCAUUAAUGCAGUCAAUCCCCCGGUUGCCGGCGAUGCCAUCAGUAUCAGGAAUGAGGGGAUGGCUGCUCGAAUCGUGGAAAUUAGACACACAGUCAUCUCCAAAACUAGGUCCCUUAACGCCUUGGAGGACAGGUUGGCAAUGAUAUACAUGUUGGAGGCGAAUAGAUGGGCUCCACUUCAUAUGCAUUAA